AUGCUCAUAACGCCCCCGGUAAGAUUCGCCACAUCUUCUACAACAUCAGCUUCUACAUCUGCCAACUCUUCAGAAUCACGCCGACCUCGCUACGUCAAAUUAGAUUUAUCCGAUUUAGGCGAUUUGUUGAUCGAGAGAAGCGCAUCCGAGCCAUCAACCUCUGCUCACGCCCCUCAGCUGCCAUUCCGCCGCGCCAGUCGAAAGAAUCACAAAGAAUCGCCACACAAUUCGCCUGGGCGAACAAUGGAUUCCGUGCCGCCACCUCCCCCCAUGCGACGAUCUUUUCCAUCCCUCGCCGCCGUUGAAGAUGAAGAGCCCCUUCCCACGCCCACAGGACCUGCCGACUCGUUGGCUGAGGUGAGCGAGGACGCACUCGCACAGGCCGUGAGCAAGCGGCUGCGCGACUUCACCGAGCUCAAGACGAAAGUGCAGGCGCUCGAGCUGGCGAUGGCCGUGGUGGCGGAGGAGAACCGAGCCCUCAAGCAGAAGCUAGCGGACAAGGACAGGGAGUGCGUGGAGCUGCAGAGGGAGGUGGGCGAAGUGCAAAUGAAGAUGGCCGAGAUCAUCACCAACAUCACCCACCUCAACGAUGCCAGCGUCGCCGAGCGAAGGUCCGCCUCCGCUGCCGGCCAGCGAAAACCUCAAUUCUAG